UUCUAUUAUUCCAUGCCUUCUUCUCACGCAAAAAAGGCCUUAUAAACCCCACACUACACCCUGUCUAAGCCUUCCUCUACAGUGCUCCCUUUCACCAAUCUGUUUCUCACUUUUUUCUCACUUCCCUCAUGGCUUUGCUGUUCUUAUCACCACCUCUUCUCUUCCAAUCAUAGUUUGUUAGUUAUCUUGUGCCAAGUAUAUAGCAACAAUAAUUGUGGCCAAUGGAGGAUCAAAGUAAAUUUCUUCUACAAAUCAAGUUCAUUGUCAACUUCUUAUGCACCGAAACACUUUCCUUUCUCUCUGUUCACUCUUCACAACCUCUGUUUUCAUGCAUUCUCACUUUCUGUUUCUUGAUUCUCCUUUAUUUGCCUCAUCUCUUCUGGAAGAUAGUUCUGUCGCCAGUUCUCAUCCUCUCAGGGCUUCUAUUGAUCCUCCUUCUCCGUCUCGGUGCAAUUCAGAGGUCUCAAAAUGAAGAGAACAAAAUCCCGGUUGAACGCGAACCCAUUGCCACCGAAGAAAACAGGGGAAACAGAGAUGAGAAACAGGGGAACCCCAUUGAACCGGCGGAAGCCGAUUCUCUCGACUAUGUUUACAGGUGGGUAACCAGCGAAUCUCAAUUAGAGCUCAAUUCACAAGCGGGUUUGCGGUCAAGUUCGCGUCUUGAUGAGUCUUUCAUGGAAUGGAACGUGAAAGCGCCGUUGGAGGUUAUAUACGAAGGUGAAGAAACAGAGCAGGAUCAGAAUGGGAAUCAUGGCGAGGGAAUUUUCAGGUACCCGUCGCUAUCACGGUACUACCCGGAAACCGACUCCGACAGCUCGUCGGAAAGCGGGUUUCCGGGGAACGAUAACACGUGCUUCCGGUGGGACGAGGAGGACAGAGAAGGGUUAAUCGAAAUAGCUCUGGACGGUUGCAAGAAGAGGGAGGUGGGGUUUCAGUUCGAGGAGGAGAAUUUGAUCGAGAUUGAUAUUUCUCCGACGAGGCGCGGGGAAUUUUCCGGCGAGGAUGACCCGUUUUCCGGUGAGAUUUGUUGCAACUAGUGUAAUGAUCAAUGGUAAAGAUUAAUUAACACGGUGGAUUAUUAUGGGAUUUGUUUUGGGGAUAAGUGAAAGGGAAAAUUAGAGAUUUGGAAUUACUUUGGAUUUGUAUGUUAUGUUACGGUAUAGAUUGCCUGUUUUUGACGUGAUCAUUAUUGUACUAUCGUUGGUGCCAAAGCUUUAAGGGCAAUGAAUUAAUCACUAAUCCCAAAUAUUCAAAUGUGAUUAAA